AGAGGCUGCUUCGUUUGUUGCUUGCAGCGGCGCGACUGAAACUUUCGGCGGUUUAAAUUUUACUCCAGUAGAUCCUUUUCUCAGAUACAAAGUGCACGUUUUAAAAAGAAUACAACGUUUCUUUAAUCAACGCGUUAAACUUGAAGAUCCCGUUAAAUGAUCGAUCGGAAAAAUUUUCUAGUGAUUGUAUGCGACGGUAAUCAUCGGCCGUCGCCGCCGUCGUCCCGCGUGUGAACAAGUGUGUGACUGAAGCCGGUGCGCGAUUAUACGAUUCGGAAUAAGAUUCGGACAAGUCUAAUAAGAUCUUGCCGAGAACGAGUGACACGCGCAGUACAAUCGAGUGGACACGUAAAACGAAACGCGCAUAGUGAUCGACAGCAAUGUUCCAGGCUCGUGAAAUGUCUACGUCAACAAUGUGUAAAUCGCGGGUGUGAUAUGAAGUGAAUAAGACAACGCGUUAGAUAGAAGCGUCCGAGAUCUCACGGUGCCAUACGUUCUUCACUGGUGGAGAAGAGAGCGUAAAUCGUGCGGAGGAGAGAAACGCGGGCCUUCGAAGAAGGGUAUCCUCGAGUAGGAGAGUAACUCCAACAUCAGCCGAGAUAUUCGCCGAGAGAUCGUACGUUUCGGCGAAGGUGAUGACACUAUCAUCCGUUGAGAUGUAAUCCAGCACACAGGAGGGACGCUCAGUAGUUUGUAGUUGGUCCCCCAUCCCUCCCCCUCCCCCUCUAUUACCUUAUCAUUCCCCUCGCGACCUCUAUCACCUACUCUCCAUCUCCCUCUCUUACCUCCCUCCUCCCGCGCACAUGCGCGCGCGAUAAUCCGCCACACCGGUAAAGCAACCAUCGGACCAGCGGCUUCUUGCGAAUGCACCGGCUGCUGUAUCGCACACAACACUUCUUCCCCCCCUUCUUCUAAUGCGAUACCAACGAGUCCUUACCGCCCGCUUUUCUUCUUCGAGUAAUCACGUGCCAUACAAGCCUCAGCAACCUGUGAUACGAUACCCGAUGCCUAAAACUAUAGGUUCGCGUAGACAUAGACGCCUAAUCGAAAACUAGAACAGACUGAAAGGUUUCCAAUUUAAACCUAUCGCUGAAAGAGAAGCGACUGCGACUCCCAAAGGAAAAACAGACGGAAUCUGGUGUAUUAAACAAAUAUCACGGUACGACGAAAGAAGAGAACUGGAAGACGACGCCGGAGAAUGUCGACGUGUACCGACGAGGGCGACAACACACCCCUGCAUAUGCAGGAGGCUCUGUCUCCGGUGCAGGAGGCGCCAGUCUCGCCGGCGUCCUCCUCUCUGAGCAACCCAAAUCAAAACGAGAGCGAGCAGCAGGUCUUGCUGACGACCAUGCAGCCAGUGAAUGUGCUCGAUCUGCACGAACCGCCGGCUGUUCAUACCCUCCAUCCGAAGUAUCACCAUCACCAUCAUAAUCACUAUCACCAUCACCAUCAUCAUCAUCAGCAGCAGCAACAGCAGCAGCACAUUCAGGGCAGCGAUUCGGACGAUGUGCAGCAGCGGAACGCCACGGCGACGGAUGACUCGGAUGGUCGGGUGACACCUGUCACCGAGACAGCCGCCGGUCUGAUCUACAACGACGGCCAGAAGACGGUCAUGUACACCCACGACAAGGAGAUCAUUUACGAGAACGAGCACGAGGUGCAGGUGGUCAAGUAUCCGCCGCCCCGACCGUCGCCGCCGUCGCCGUCGCCGCCGUCGGCCUGCGUCACCCCAGCCGCUCUUCAGCUACACUAUCCGCAGCUGCAACUGCAACACGAGGAUAAUCUGUCGCCGACGGUACGGCACGCCGUAAGCGCGUCCGUACCGAAUGGCGGAGCCGCGACCCCCACGACGACGGUGCUCGUGCUUUCAGAACUUGUCGCCGCCGACCCGGCCGUCGCCGGUGCGGCUGCAGCCGCGCAACAACUGACGCUCACUGCCGCCGCCACAGCUUCGCUUCGUGUUGGACGACGCAGUCGCAGCGAGGAGGAUACAAACGGUACCGUCGUCAGCGACGACGCACAGCAGCAGCAGGACUACCAGCAGCAGGACUACGUAUCCGGACAGCGUGAACCGGAAGAAGAAGAGGAACUGGGAGCGGAGGAGGCAGCGGCACAGUCCCUGCAGAGCGGUGCCGAAGACGCCGAUCCGGAAGUCCACAAAAGAGUCGCGGUGCAGGUGCAGGUACAGGGUAUGGAGGGCGACUGGCGCGCCUACUGCGAGCAUCCGCUCUCAGUGGCGACCGCUGCUAUGCUAAAUCUCCAGCAGCAGCAUCAGGUGUCGGCGGUAACCAGCCAUGGCGACGAUCCUGGCGCGUCCUAUGUCUACGAGUAUUACAAACUGCCCGAGAAAACGGCCGCGGAUGUCAAGUUGCCGCCCACGCACGAGCUCUGGUCCACGGGUGUGAUGGGCCAGAAGCUGCUGGUGCAGGAGGCGCCUGGCUCCGGUUCUGCCUCGACGAAUCGCAUGGAAGGCGGCGAAGGUGCCGGAGGAGGGGAGCUACACCACUUCCUUCAUCAGUACAACCAGCAGUCCCACAGUCCUGGCCAGAGCCUGCAGGGUGGCCUUCCGCUUCCGUUGAGCCCGCAGUCCCUGCGACACGACGGUGCCUCGAGCGCCGGCAUCGCCGGGGUCAAGAGGGAACCAGAGGACCUCAGCUCGUCGCGGGCAGGUCAACAAUCGAGCAAACGACACAAGCAGGAAAGUCCCACACCGCCGGGAAUGUACCAUCAUCAUCAGCAUCAGCUACAGGUGCAGCAGUACGGCAGUCCCUACGAUCCCUACACGUCCUGCAGUCCACGGCUACAGUCGACCGCGUACACGUCCACGUCGACCGGGACCGGGAAUGGGUCCGCGAAUCCCGGAGGCGGCGGCCUCCAUCAGGAAGCGACGACGGCUUACGUCGCCGGCGACGCGCUGCCGCCGCUCGCCUCGUCGAGCUCCGGUUCCUCGCUCUCUACCACAACCGCUUCGUACACGAGGUACGAAGUUGUGCCGAGCUCAUAUGUGUCUACGACACAGGGGAUACGAUUGUCGUCGAGUAGCAGCAAAGUCCUGACCGUUGAUCUUCCCAGUCCCGACUCCGGCAUAGGCGCCGACGCGGUCACGCCGAGGCAGGACCAUCAUCCGCCCACGGCGCUUCAUCAGUCCUCGUUCGACUAUACGGAAUUAUGUCCCGGCGGGACGACAGCCGGAGCGGCGGUGGUCCUCGAAAGCGGCGCCGUGAUACACCACCAACCCCUGCAACUACAACUUCAGCAAAGCCACGCACAGGCACAGGUGCAACGCGGCAGUCUCGUAUCCGCAGGUGCGACAAAUCCGAAUCCGAACCCGAAUCCGCCGAGGUCGCGGCCUUGGCAUGAUUUUGGUAGACAGAACGAUGCCGACAAGAUACAGAUACCGAAAAUUUUCUCACCUUACGGAUUUAAGUAUCAUCUGGAAUCGCCAAUCAGCACGUCGCAGCGCCGCGAGGAUGACAGAAUAACAUAUAUCAACAAGGGCCAAUUUUAUGGUAUCACGUUGGACUAUGUGCCCGAUCCUGACAAACCACUUCUCAAGGCAGGACAGACGGUCAAGAGCGUGGUAAUGUUGAUGUUUCGGGAAGAGAAGAGUCCGGAGGACGAGAUCAAAGCUUGGCAGUUUUGGCAUGGCAGACAACACUCUGUUAAGCAACGGAUUCUUGAUGCUGACACAAAGAACAGCGUCGGUCUAGUGGGCUGCAUAGAGGAAGUCGCGCACAAUGCGAUUGCCGUUUACUGGAACCCACUCGAAUCGUCAGCGAAGAUAAACGUGGCGGUGCAGUGUCUCAGUACCGAUUUCUCGAGUCAGAAAGGCGUGAAGGGUUUGCCGCUGCAUAUCCAGGUCGACACGUACGAGGAAUCGCCGCCUCACACGCACACGUACACGCCGCCGUCCCAUCGGGGCUACUGUCAAAUUAAGGUCUUUUGCGAUAAGGGGGCAGAGAGAAAGACCCGGGACGAGGAAAGACGCGCGGCCAAGAGGAAGAUGACGGCGACUGGCAGGAAGAAGCUCGACGAGCUUUAUCACUCUGUCACGGAGCGCAGCGAGUUUUACUCCAUGGUCGACCUGCAUAAACCGCCGGUGCUGUUCUCGCCGCCGGCCGAGCACGCCAUCGACAAGUUCUCGACGAUGGAGUUGUCGGGCUUCUACGGUGGUGGCGGCGGCGGGGGCGGGGGUGACACCGACACCUCGUCCCUCAGUAACGGUGAAAGUGGAGGAUUGAAGGCGGGGGGUAACAGCCCCUAUCCGGCGGCAUGCGGCCGAUCGAAUCUGCCGGCCCUCAAGUUCCACAACCACUUUCCACCCGACAAUCUCAGUAACCUGCACGACAAGAAGGACUCGUUGCUGAUGCAGGUGCAGGAGCUGCAGGGGUCGGUGCUGCAAGGGGUGCAACAGACCGGCUUAGCGGGCGCUGUGGUAUCAAACAAUCGGCUCCACUUGCAGCAACAACCGCCGCAUUUACGCCCGACCGACGCCGAGGAGCGCGUAAUGCUGUACGUGCGUCAAGAAUCGCAGGAAGUCUUCACGCCGUUGCACGUUACGCCACCGACGGUCCAGGGAUUGCUCAAUGCUAUUGAGUCAAAGUACAAAAUUGCAUCCUCGAGUAUUAAUAAUCUCUAUCGCAAAAACACAAAGGGAAUUACAGCGAAAAUUGACGACGAUAUGAUCCGAUAUUACGUCGACGAGGACCUGUUCUUGCUGGAGGUCAGCCACUCGCGGAUCAAUCCGGAUCCUGGCAGCGAACGUAAUCCAAACUCGCCGGGCGAUCCCGGUGAUCCGGGCGAUUCUCCCUCUACGGCCGGAUACGACGUCACUCUCAUCGAACUAUCCCAUCCUCCACCAUUGCCGCACUCACCCCUCGCCAACUCCACGCACGCACAUGCCCACGUUCACGACAACAGCAACACCUGAACCAAAUUAGACGAGAAAGAAGUCCAUUUUUGAUCGUGUAAAUAUACCGCGUAAGUUGGUGAGGAUUGGUCAUUUGGAGGAAAAGGAUCAGCAAGAUUUCGUGUCUAACGAUAAUUGUUAAAUGGACAGCGAAAUUUCUUGUGUAUCGCACUUGAAGAUUCUUGCACAAUUUGCCGGUGACGGGCUUACUAAUUGUAAGAAGGUUCAUCGAGCAUCGAGUAGCAACGUGCUAAUUAACUUUCAGCGAAGACUCAGGAAGAAUCAUGAAGGAUCAUUAUCAUGGGAUUAUUGAAUUUUCAACAUCGAAGAAGAAUUCAACGUUGUUUCUGAGUAGGUCAUGUAAUCUUAUUAUAAUAUUAUAGAGACAGAAUCUAAAUGUUUUGUAAUAUGGUUUGACACAUAUUUUCUAGAUUUUUUGACGAAUAUUUCGUUAAUAGUUAUCAUUUGUAUAAGACUUUAAAUGGUCUUUCGGCAUAGAUGUACGGGCUUCGACUCAAUUGAAGCGAGUCGAAUGUGCAAGAAUGUACGCAUACGUCGCUAACCGUACGAAAAGCGACACGUUACUCUAUAUUACUUGUUUUCGUCUCGUGAACAAAUUAUAUCAAUUAUUAGAAUAGGAUACCGAAGCGUCGCGUUGCAAGUGCGAGCGCCAUGUAAAUCAAUCAAAAUUGAUUUAAGUAUCCCGAUAUAUGUUACAUAUACGUAUGACGUAUAUUGUAGAUUUAUAUGAGAUCGUAUCUAUUAAUUCGUACAUUAGUUGACGUAUCGAUUCUUAAUUUGCCCGCAAGUUUUAAAAACGCGUCGCAUUAAUAAUGUCAUCGGCAUGAAUCCCGCGAACUAUAAUUUUAAAAGCCGAUAACUUAUGUAUAUCGUAACGCGCGUGCCGUCAUUUCACGUUAAACGAAUGACCCCCGAUAUAUGUGUGUUAAUCAAUGACAGAGGCGAUCAUUGCGUUCUCUGAUGCGUCUUUCCGCAUUUCUAUUCGAUUUUCGUCCAUAAAGAUUUAAACGCCGCGCGACAAAUUGUAAAAAAAACGGUAAUAUAAAAAUAUUAAAAAGAAGAAAAAUACAAAUCUCAUCAACAGCUUGUAAAAAGCCAAUCGAAACUUUCUUUUUAUUUGCCUCGUCUCGUUAACAAGACCUUUAUAGCCUUUCAUUUACGAGCAUAUUAACGCGCGCGACGUAUUUACGCGUACAUGAAGACGUGAUGCAAUUUCAUAACGUUGCUAUUAGCCACGAUCAUUGCGUGCAAAAUCUCGACUUGAAGCGGAAAUUCAUAUCGCGUGUUUCUGCAAAAAGUUAAAAAAAUCCAUAAAACAGAGAUCCAGAGAUCGCCUCUUCUUGUGCCGCACUCUUUGCCACGUCACGCUCGAAAUAACAUCGAGAAGCCACGACUUUUUCUAAGUCUUAAGACUAAUAAGAGUAAUAUAAUCACACUGUAUUCGUAGUAUAAUCUCCCUAUAAUACAGCAGCAGUCCGGACCAGACGUUAGAUAAUAAAAUAACGAAUUGAUAUCUCGGAGUUAAAACGAUCAAUAUUAUUCCCUCUAAGAGAAGAGAGAGAACUUCAUACACAUUUUAAAAAUAUUUAUCCUUUUAUCUUACGCAUUAUAAAAAUAUUUAUCUUUAUAAUAAACUGCUAAACGAGAAACUGCUUUUCUUUGGCUUCAAAGUAAACGGGAGAAGGUGAAAUUAUAUUCGGUCUUACUACGAGUACUUCCGAGAUUCGAUAUCUGUGCGAGAUAGAAACUCGCAUUGAUCACAGCAAACACGAUUCACUCGAGAGCAAUAAAGGUAAAGAUUUUCUUUAUUAGAUAAACGCGUCCUUAUCAGGACGUAAAGUACCACAUUUUAUAAUCUCACCUACAGUGAGUUCAGUUUUUCAAUCUUACUCGAGUUGUAAUGAAAUCAUGAUAUUGUCGGCGCGCGUUAAACGUGACCGAAAACGAUAGCAUUACCAAUAACUUGUGGUUAUGUAGUUUGUAAGAUAAAGUUUAAAGAUAAAGUAAAACAAUAAAAUGUGCCACCCCUCGGUGAAAGCAAGCCACUUGCCAGAUUAUAUUACGGGCAAUCACGAUUAAGCGCGUAUGCACACAUAUAACGCGGGAAUAUACGCAUAUUCAUACAUUUUUUCAUACACAUACACAUACUUGUUGUCAAUUAUAUUAGAGAUUUAGAUUAGAGUAGAAAAAUCACGAUCAUGACGCUCUCUUCUUUUCUCUUGUUUUAUGUUAAUCAUAUAUGUACGUCGAUAUACACACCGAUAUCAAAGCAAGGAUCAAAAUACGCUUGUAAAAUGCUUAUUAUUACUUAUUGAAUACUAUAUUUUGUUACAUUUAUUGCAGAUAGCAUAUAGAUUGAUAUUAUUAAUAUUAUGGAUUCUAUUCAAUUACGCGUAAAGCAUAUAUAUUAUAGUUAUAUUAUAUUAUUAUUAAUAUUAUUAUAUUUUUUUUAUACACACGAAAAUGCAUGUCUGUACGGAGUGAUAAUGCGAAUACAAAAGGAAGAAUGGGAAAUGAGAGAGAGAGAGAGAGAGAGACCGAAAGAAAAAAUGCGUAUGAAUGAAUAACUCGGAAUGCCUGUGUAUGGAAACGUCAAAGAAAACGAGAGAGAGAGAGAGAGAACUAGCAUCUCUAUACAUAAAAUCAAUUUACGUUAUACACAUCUACGAGACCAAGAUUGUUGGUUAGCUUUAGUCCAUGACAUUUCUUGCAACGUUCCCUUUCUGUCAACAUUUCCUUCCCAUGUCCUCUCAACCGCUACUGUCGCACGUCGAAAGCGCUCGAGGCGGAACAUAUGACUCGUUUAUGUGAGACAAUUAGCUGUGUCAUCGAGCCAUUUUAUUAUAAUAGUAUCAUCCCAUUAUAUAUUAUUCUUACAAUUAUUAAUAUUAUUAUUUACAUUAUGAGAGAACAGAGAGAGAGAGAGAGAGAGAGAGAAAGAAAGAAAAAGAAAAAGAAUCGGAUGAGUCGACGGAUCGUCCUAGCAUUGUACUUAAACAACAACGUAAAUGACGACAUGGAAUGAGCCCGCGAAUUUUAGACUUUAUAUUGUUAAAAAUAGAGGAAUGCAUAGAUAAAAAAACUGUUGUUGAUUGGUAAACCAGACCGAGAGUGAUGAAUUCGGAAGUGUGAGAGCUACACAAAAGAAUAAGAUGCGAG